CUUUCUCUUCAUCCUUCCACACGCUCUUUUUCUUAUUUAUCUUAUUUUCCCUCGUACACUGCACUGCUGGGCACGUCCUCUCAUUUCUCUAUUUCGGUUCUACUCACUCACUCACUCAUUCAUUCUUCAGAGCAGCUUCAGACCUUUCUUUUCUCUGAACUACUUGUUACCCUCCUUUUUCACUGUCAACCACCACGAUCUAUCCAUCGUCUCCGAUUCACUUGCACUUAACAUAGUGACUGGACGGUUGCGAAACAUUCUUUCUUCUCACAGGUGCUCCGGUAUCACCUGCGUGCCCCCCCGCUUUACACUUGUCUGCUUCCUCUUGAAGAAGAAUCAGGUUUCAUUCUCAGCGCCCAGAAUCCCAGAGAUCUCAACGCUAGCAUUUACAUCGUUUCCCACUCCGCCGUCAAAAAUCCCUCCGUGCGGUUAAACCAUUAGCUCGAUACUUUUUAACUCCAUUUAUCAUUGUCUCCCAUCAUGAAGUCCGCUUUCGCUACCGCCGCUGCGGUUCUCGCCGGCGCCGCUUCUGCUGCUCACGAGACGGGUACCUUCGCCGUCUUGCGCUUCACCAACGACCAGCUCACUAGAGGUCGUAUGGAUCCCAUCCUUUUCCCUGGUCAGACCUCCACUCAUGUCCACCACAUCAUGGGUGGCAGUGGCUUCAGCACCAAGGCGACCGGAGAGGAUCUCCAGAAGUCAAAGUGCAGCAAUGCGCUUGUCAAGGGCGACAACAGUAACUACUGGUUUCCCACUCUUUAUUUCCAUGACCCCAAAUCUGGGGAGUUUGAAGAUGUUGAGUUCGACUACUUCAAUGCCUACUACUUCUUCGAGAAGACACACGAUGAUAUCAAGCCUUUCCCUGUUGGUCUCCAGAUCGUUGCUGGUGAUGCUAUGACCCGUACCAUGCCCAAGGCUGGCAGCAAGCCCAAUCUUGACCCUUCAAAGGGUCCUGUCAAUCCUGCCAGAAUGACUUGCCCCCGCUUGAACAACGAUUACACGCUCCCAUCUUGGGAUGCCAAGUCUGAUGGCAAGAUGGCUGGUGUAGGUGAUCCUGUCAACAAGGGUGAGGGUGUCGGGUUCCCUGAUCGAACUUGUGAUGGCAAAUACUCUCCCCUCCGAGCUGAUAUCCACUUCCCCUCUUGUUACAACCCCGAGGCUGGCCUCACCGACUUCAAGAACAACAUGGCCUACCCCGAGGACAAUGACGGUUAUCUCGACUGCCCCAAGGGUUGGAUUCACGUUCCUCACCUUUUCUACGAGGCUUACUGGCGCACCGACAAAUUUGCUGGCCGCUGGACUGAGGGUGAGGGCAAGCAGCCCUUCGUCUUUUCCAAUGGCGACGUUACCGGAUACAGCAGCCAUGCCGACUUCAUGGCCGGUUGGGACGAAGACCUCCUCCAGCAUAUCAUUGACACCUGUAACGCUGGUACCGAGGGUAUGGACCACUGCCCAGGCCUCACCUAUGGCCUCAACAAAGGUGACUGCACCAUUGAGUCCGAGGUCGAUGAAAAGAUUACCGGCACCUUGAGUAAACUCCCUGGAAACAACCCUUUGAGUGGAUUUUCUUAUGGCGACAAGGCCCCUUCAAUGCCCUCCGGCGGCGACAAGGAGAGUAGCCCCAGCAAGCCCUCUGUCCAACCCUCCGCCAGCAAGUCGGCUUCUGGGGAGAAGACCACUGCCGUUGAACUUCCCGGCUACACCAAGCCAACUUCUGAUUCCACUGGUGCCCAUGAGGAACCAGUUGUUCCUAAGCCUACUCUACCUUCCCACCCUGCAGUUGUGUCCGAGGCGGCUGCUCAAGCAACUGAUGUUCUCUCCAGUGCCCCUAAGCCAACCGACAUCUUCGACAAGCCUGAAAAGCCCAAGAAGUGCAAGACUAGAGUUCAUACCGUCUGGAACACCGUGACAGUCACACAGACAGCCAGUGUGCCUGUCCAGACUGAGGCUGGCACUCCUAGCUACAAGAGAGAUCAUGUUCGACGACAUGCUCACCACCAUGGCAGUGGACACAACCACCUCCGCCGCCGUAGCCACCUCCGCCGCUAAGCAUUGCUUACUGGCGAACUGGCUCUGCUAAUAGCAUACUUUGAAUGGCAGUCUAGGUGGCAGAAAGAUUUUCUCACAUUUCUUGUGAUGGUGCAUCUACGGAGCAUCUUGUAUAGGGGUCCAGUGACCACUUGGCUUCCUUGGACCGGAAAAUAUAAGGUUGGCGAUUUCAUGGACAGGCUUUUUGAUUCAAGUUGCGUGGUGCAAGGGAAUGGAAUUGAGGGGAAGGAAGAAAGUUUGUUGGAUGAUUCGCUUCUACACAUGUACAUUUAUGGAGGACAUACCUUGCUUGCCAAGGACCCAAAGCGCUUGAGCGCAUAUCUUUUGCCCGUCAUGAAUCCAGGGCAUAUGCGAAAUACAUUCACUCGCAG